AUGGUGAAGAAAGGAGAGGAGAAUCCCAUGCGGAAGAUCCGCAUUGAAAAGCUGACCCUCAACAUCUGUGUCGGCGAAUCUGGGGAUCGUCUGACCCGUGCCGCUCGAGUGUUGGAGCAGCUGACAGGGCAGCGGCCUCAGUUCUCCAAGGCGCGCUUCACCAUCCGUUCCUUCGGUAUCCGCCGCAACGAAAAGAUCGCCUGCUACGUGACUGUCCGUGGCAAGAAGGCCGAGGAUAUCCUCGAGAAGGGUCUCAAGGUCAAGGAAUACGAGUUGAAGAAGAAGAACUUUGCUGACUCCGGCAACUUCGGUUUCGGAAUCCAGGAGCACAUCGACCUGGGCAUCAAGUACGACCCCUCCACUGGUAUCUACGGCAUGGACUUCUACGUGCAGCUGACCCGACCCGGAAACCGGGUUGCACACCGCAAGAGAGCGCAGGGCAGAGUGGGUCACCCCCACCGCGUCACCAAGGAGGACAGCAUCAAGUGGUUCCAGCAGACCUACGACGGCAUUGUCAUGAACCACUAA